GCAUCCAUGGCCGAAUUUCGUUUGGUCGUUCGCUCGUAAACCAUAGUUGGAGUUCAUAACCUUAACAAGAAAAAUCUGAAGGAAGCAGCGAAGACGAAGAGAAGCCGCCUAAAUCAUCUUCUACAUUUGAAAUUUGAAAUUCCUUCUCCAGUCUCCAGUUCUCCACCUUCAUGGACUUAGAGCAGGAUCAAACUACGUCGGUAUCCAUUGACGAUUGCUUGAAGCUGUUGAAGGGAGAGAAGGACGAGCAGCGCCUCGCUGGCCUUUUCUUAGUUACUAAAAUUUGCAAGGUGGAUGACCACGCCUCUCUUACUAGAGUUUACAAUGCCGUUGGAGCGAAGUUUCUUGAUCGGCUUCUGAGGACUGGCAUGGGUAAAGGAACUGUUAGUGGACCUGGAGAGGAUAAUCGCGAUGCUUAUUUGCAGCUGUCUGUUAGGAUUCUGGCUGCGUUUUGCCAUGUUCCUGGGAUUGCUGCUUCUGAAGAGAUGGUUUCGAAGAUUCCACUGAUAUUGGAAACUGCAUCCAACCAGUCAGGAUCUUCCAUUUUGGAGGAGUGUCUUGAAUUUCUAUAUUUGGUAUCAACUACUUCUGAUUCUGGAGUCACCGUUCUGUAUAAAUCUGGAAGCUUGAAAAUUUUAGCUUCUUGGAUGUCAGCAUUGCCAGAUGGUUCUCAUCUGAUGAAGAUUUCUACGCAACUUGUUGCAUUGAUCAUAAGUAAGAUUUCUUUGGAUGUUGUCAUCAUCAACUGUUUGCCUGAACUCUCGGAUAUUGUUGUUGCUAUUGCAAGGCAAUUUGGAGUGUCGCAUGAUGCUAUGAAGUUCGAAGCACUCCACCUGCUCUAUGCCAUCUUGUCCUCAAAUUCGAUGCCACUUUAUGAUGCCCUUCGUUUAGUACCCCCAAAUAUUUGGUCAAAAUAUAUGCGUGAUGGAGUUUCAGCCAUUCUUCAUAACCGCACAGCACCUGCUGAAAAGCUUCAGGCUCUUAGUUUGGCCGAGUCUAUGGUAUCUAUACUAGGAGAAGGUUGGCUGAUAGGUGAAAUCGAGCUACCUGAUGUUCGAGAUCCUAUUCCAUGUGACAGAUGUCUAAUACUUGUCUUAGAGCAGUCAAGAGUUGAGAUUGCUGUAAUGCUGAAUGAACUGGCCUAUAUGAAGUAUGAAGCUUCCAAGAAUUCGUCCUUGAAGGAUAGUAUUCUCUUAAAGCAGCGGAAUGUGGCUACUGCUUUCUCUUUGGUGGAAAAGAUAAUUAAAUUUAUAUCAAAUGUUGGUGAAAAUCAAGGAGACCUUAUUGAUGAAAACACUCUCAUGAAAGUGAUUAGAGGGCUUAAUGAGACUACUGGUGUUGUGCUAGAAUAUUUGCAAGAUGCAAAGGAGCAUGGACAAAGAAAAGGAGAUGACAUUCUAGCAUCUGUGCGUGUUGUUGGGAGCUAUCUUGCACAAACCCCCGAUGCAUGGGCAGAAAAAGUAAAGGAACUCUUGGACUUUAUGUUAUCUGUCGAAGGUGAAGAUGAACAAAGCCCCUUCAACUCCUUAUGCUUCUUGCUUCCCAUGUUAUGUCAAAUAACAAUGAAUGUUGAAGGAUGUAAAACUUUGGUUUCUUCCGGAGGUCUGGCAGCUGUUGUCAGAUGCCUAAUAAAUUUGAUUCACGAGCACGGUGGAUGGAAUGACAUUGAUGGAAACAUCUUCCUAGCAUGUGAUACGAUCUUGAAUGUACUUCUGAAGAAAGAGCUAGCUGGACUUCUAUGUGGCGAGUUAUCUUUUGUUCACCUCUUGGAAGCAAUUGCAAAUUCGACUGAGGAUGUCAAUGACCCAUCGGUUAUCAUGAUGGCUGGAAGCAUAUGUUCCCUGAUAUUUGAUUUCACGUCAGAAAAUGCUCUUCUAAGCCAUCCUAAUUUUGCUGAUAAAUCUCUUGAUAGUUUAUGCCGACUCUUUUCAAGAAUUUUUGCUCUGACUCGACAGCAGAGCAUGAACGAUGAUGAAAUGGCACAGAUGGAUCUUCUUGAGAUUGUCACUUCAGGAUAUUGUGGGUGGGCUGAUCGAUUCCCGCGUCUUCAAAAGACCAUUGCCAGGUUCCGUUAAGUUCAAACAUGUAUCUCUAUCUUUUCUUUUCAUUUCACUUCGUAAUUUUAUGCUGUUAAUAUUUAUUUAAUGUAUCUAAUUGUACUGAUAUUUUGUUUUCCGUAUAUGAGCAGUGUAGACGUCUUUCCUUCAGUUUUAGUUUUAACACGAAGGAUUAUAGAGUCAUUUUAGAGAUAUGAAGAGAGAGAUAUUUAGAUAUAUGUUUUAGAUGGAGGGAAAAGACAAGUUAGAGGAAGGGUAAGUAAUAAAAAAAAAAUUAUGAUUUAAUUUAGGAAUUUACUUACCGUUUCAGAAAGUAUUUUCAAUAUUUCAAUGAAGGAUCUA